AUUGAAACCGCACAGAUCUGUGUUUCUGAGCAAUUCAGGAGAGAUUAUAAAACAGGCGAGCUUAAUCUGCUUCGACUUAGCUCGUCGUCUUCAGCUCUAUAUAUUUGGCAUUCCUUCGAACACUUCGCCGGCAGCGUUGACAGAGAGUUGGCCGGAUGGGUUCUUUACAGGGGUUGGGGUUAUUGGUUUCGUUGCUGGUGUGCGGGCUGUCGGCUUGGUCGGCGCCGGCGGGAGUGGCGGCGGAGACGCCGCUGGAAGCGUUCGAGGGGUGGAUGAGGAGGAAUGGGAAAUCGUACAAGAACGUGACGGAGAAGCUGUACCGGCUCGGGGUGUUCAGAAAAAACUUGAAGUACGUGGAGGAGUUCCUCCACGGCCGGCCACGCAGCUACACCAUCGGCCUCAACUCCUUCGCCGACCUGACGAACGCGGAGUUCAGGGCCAUCUACAGCCGGCCCAUGGAGAACAGGACGCGGGCGACGGCGUUCCGGCACGCGGGCGUCACGCCGCCUAGUAGCGUCGACUGGCGGCAGAAGGGAGCCGUUAACGCCGUCAAGAACCAAGGCCAAUGCGGAUCUUGUUGGUCAUUCUCGGCAGUUGCAUCCAUAGAAGGAAUCAACCAAAUCACGACCGGGAAUUUACUUUCCUUAUCUGAGCAAGAGCUUAUUGACUGCGACUACUCCAACACCGGGUGCGAUGGGGGUUUUGUAGAAUAUGCAUUCCAAUUUGUUGUCUCCAAUGGUGGCAUCACAACAGAGGCCAACUAUCCUUACUAUGGACUACAAUAUAAUUGUGACUACACAGCACUCUCCUCCAAUGCCGUCUCCAUACUCGGCUACGAAGAUGUGCCACGAUGCGAUGAGCAAUCCUUGAUGAAGGCUGUGGCCAUCCAACCGGUGUCGGUCGCUAUAGAAGCAAGCGGCAGCGACUUUCAAUUGUACACGGGUGGCAUAUAUAAUGGCCCUUGCGGCACUAAUUUAGACCAUGCCGUGAACAUAGUUGGUUAUGGAACUGAUGAUAGCACGGGGACCGACUAUUGGAUCGUCAGGAACUCAUGGGGCGCGACAUGGGGCGAUCAAGGCUACAUCCUUAUGGCGAAAGAUGUCUCUGAUCCUCAAGGAACAUGUGGGAUAGCACUGCAACCUUCUUAUCCAAUCAUGAACUAAAAAAUAUAAUUGUGCAUGUUUCAUCUUUAGUCAUUGUAUGAUUGAAGGAUGGAUGAAUCAUUUAAUGUUUGUUGUGUAAUGCUAUUGUAUAGGUUUGCUAAAUAAGGUUGAGUUGUGUAACUCGUCAUAUUUCUUGAGGAACUUAUAGCUUCCUCAUUUAAUUCUAUAUUUUAAACAUAAUUACUCAUUAAGGCUUCAUGUAUAUAUAUGGCAGCAAUGCUACUUAUAAGAACAUCUUUGCUAUUA